GCGGGGAACUACUCCACUUCCUUGCGUCAGCCAAUAGCGGGAGGCUCCGUGCAGCCUCCUGCGCGCCUGAACCAGGAUCGUAACACGAUGCCCCUCCUCUCUAGGCUUCGUCCCGAAGCCAACGACUGCUGGCGACCGGGAGCUCUGUACACUUCGGCGACAAAGACGCGCCGCUACUUAUUCCCAUUCUACAGAGGCCAUGCCUUUCUGUAUCGUUGCCGCGAGAAGUCCCUGACUUGUCGGGCUCCUCCGAAUGCUAAGCGCUGUGCCGAGUGCACCCGCGUUGGAAACAUGCACUGCGGCCUAGAUGGCCCCGACCAUAGGCACCCCUUCUUCUUCGAGGUUUCUGGAGUCCUAACACGCCUCCCAGUACGCGCUCUUCAGUAUGAACCCAUCUCCCUGGACGAGGAGGCUGCUGCCCUACAAGCUGCGGCGGCCGCGAAAUUUGCCGAAAGGAGCGCCGCUGCUGCCGCCGAGUUUGCCGCGGAGAGCGCCGCUGCUGCCGAAAAGAGCAGGCUUGCGACCGCCCGUCGCCGACGGGUCCACCGCCAGCGUGUCGCCUUUCAAGCCAAAAUCUCGAGACUCGUAGCCCACGAGGAUGCCGCUGUCGCGGAGCUGGAAGAGGAGGAGCGGCUCGAGCCCCUGGCGGCCCCCGAGGCGGCACCCCCCGUAUCGCUCUUCUCCACCGAUUGGGGAGCGGUAGACAUUGACCAAGCGCUGGCCUUUGGCUCCCCCGAGCCCUUGCCUUCCCUUUUUUCGGGCUAG